AUGGAUGCUCUAUCCUCGGCGGCGAGCGUUAUCGCGGUCAUUCAACUAACGGGCAGCCUCGUGAAGCUUUGCGGAGGCUACAUUCAAGAGGUGAAAGAUGAACGAGACGAAAUUUUCACCCUACAACGGGCUAUUACAGGCCUCCAAGGCACACUGCAAGACCUACUUAUAUUGCUUCAAAGCAACGACGGAAUAGCCCUACCUAGCUCCUCGCGACUUGCCAGCAAUAUUACCAAUUGCCUCUCCGACCUCCAAGCCUUAGAAGCGAAAAUUGAUCCAGGGAAGGGAAAGAAACUAAUGAGGAAAGUCGGAUUACGAGCCUUAAAGUGGCCCUUGAAGCGUGCAGAAGUGGAAGGCGCUAUUCAGAUUCUCGAGCGAUAUAAAACUUCAUUCCUCUUAUCUUUACAAGUGGAUCAGACUUCUCUGAUUGUCGGCGUGGCCCAGAAUACUGAUCGCAUGAAUCAAAAUAUGGAUCUUGCGAAGUUGGAAGGCGCGAUGGAGGCAGAGUUUGAAUCAUUCGCCAAUCGAGACGAAGUCCAAUGUCUCCAAGGGACUAGGACCGAGCUUCUCCAGCAAAUAAUGGAAUGGGCUAUGUCGCCGUCCCAAAAAAGCAUUUUCUGGUUAAAAGGAAUGGCUGGGACGGGGAAAUCCACAAUUUCUCGGACUGUGGCAAGGUCGCUCAAGGACGCCAACCAUCUAGGCGCCAGCUUCUUCUUCAAGAGGGGGGAAGGGGACCGAGGGAACGCGAAGAAGUUUUUCCCGACAUUAAUAAGACAACUGAUGCUUAGGAUCUCCGAGCUGAGGUCUGGCGUGCAAAAGGCACUUGAUGAUGACCCUGACAUUGCGUCAAAAUCGCUAAAGGAGCAAUUUGAGAAACUACUCCUUCAACCACUGCUUUAUCUUGACCAACUCGGUCGACAACCUCAAACCGCUGUGAUGGUGAUCGACGCUUUGGACGAAUGUGAACACGAUCAAGAUAUCCGAAACAUACUUCGAUUACUGCCUUUUUUGCAGAAGGCAAAAGCGGGUCGUCUCCGGAUCUUCUUGACUAGUAGGCCUGAACUCCCAAUCAGCGCCGGCUUUGCAGAUAUCACAGAUCAUGAAUAUCAGGACCUAGCUCUUCAUGAGAUUCCCGAAGAAGUGACAGAACAUGACAUACACUUAUUUCUACAGGACCGAUUUACGAAGAUCAAACACGACAGAUAUAUUGCGCCCGACUGGCCUGGCGAUGACGUCAUCCAAGAAUUGGUCACGAUGUCCGUUCCACUCUUUAUUUCGGCUGCCACUGUGUGCCGUUACAUCGAAAACGCAAAAUGGGAGCCUAAAUCGCGACUCGCAGAGCUUCUGAGAGACCAAGCUAAAUAUGUAUCAAGAAUGGAUAAGACAUACCUGCCAAUUCUGACGCGACUACUGGACGAUCAAGAGACUGAUGAGUCGGAGCAGCGGCAGCUCCUGCAAGAGUUCCAGCAAAUAGUCGGUGUCAUCAUCCUUCUUGCUGUUCCGCUUUCCAUUAAUGCGCUGUCUCCGUUUCUUGGGAUAGAAGCAGACCAGAUCAGUAAUCGAUUAGACUCAUUCCGAUCAGUUCUAAGCAUUCCUAGUGACCAAGGACCGCCAUGGUGUCUUCGGUUAUCUUUUGCCUAA